AUGACUGGUUCGGGGAGCGGGAGGCGGCAUGAAGAGAUGCAGAGUCUCCUCCUCUGCCUGCUGGUGUUGGUGACACGAAGACAUUUCGGUUUGAGACAAGAAGAGGUUUAUAGAGUUCCACUUUUUCCGAGCGCCCCCUGUCCAAGGGGCACGUUUGUUAAAAAGCUCCAGUUGCAAGUUGUGGCACAAAACAGCAUCAUGAAGCUCUUUGCCGCCUUGUGUAUCUUUUGCCCAGAAGCAAAGGCCCGGCGAAGGGCCGAGGCGCCCGCAGUCCAGCCGCCCAGGCGUCCUCAGGCUCACAUCAGACACGACGGCCCAGCGCUGCACUGCUCGGAAGGGCGUCCUGCUCCGCCAGGGACGCGUGCCGCGAGUGCCCUGGUCCAAACAACUGCUGGCACUCACGUACCACCACCAGGCCCCAACCACUCGGGCAGCGCAGUGGCUGUGGGGACCUCGGGGCGUGACCUCGCCAAGGCAACGCCCUCCGGUUCCCCCUCAGCCUCCUGCGCGUGGCCGCUAACGUUUCCAGGGGUGUGGCGUCAGGCCCCGCGCCCGGCGGCGCGAGGGGAUCCCGGGGUCGUUCGCGAGACGCGCUGCGGCGCGGCCUUCCAGGCCCAGGUCCGGGCGGCUUCCCCGGCAUCGCGCAGAUGUGGAAACGUGAACUUUGCUAGAAGAACCAGCUGUAAUCGAUGUGGUCGGGAGAAAACAACUGAGGCCAAGAUGAUGAAAGCUGGGGGCACCGAGAUAGGAAAGACGCUUGCGGAGAAAAGCCGCGGCCUCUUUAGCGCCAACGACUGGCAGUGCAAGACUUGCAGUAAUGUGAAUUGGGCCAGAAGAUCAGAGUGUAACAUGUGCAAUACUCCAAAGUAUGCUAAAUUAGAAGAAAGAACAGGAUAUGGUGGUGGUUUUAAUGAAAGAGAAAAUGUUGAAUAUAUAGAAAGAGAAGAAUCUGAUGGUGAAUAUGAUGAGUUCGGACGUAAAAAGAAAAAAUACAGAGGAAAGGCGGUUGGUCCUGCAUCUAUAUUAAAGGAAGUCGAAGAUAAGGAAUCAGAGGGAGAAGAAGAGGAUGAGGAUGAAGAUCUUUCUAAAUAUAAAUUGGAUGAGGAUGAGGAUGAAGAUGAUGCUGAUCUCUCAAAAUACAAUCUUGAUGCCAGUGAAGAAGAAGAUAGUAAUAAAAAGAAAUCUAAUAGACGAAGUCGUUCAAAGUCUCGAUCUUCACAUUCACGAUCUUCAUCACGCUCAUCCUCCCCCUCAAGUUCAAGGUCUAGGUCCAGGUCCCGUUCAAGAAGUUCUUCCAGUUCGCAGUCAAGAUCUCGUUCCAGUUCCAGAGAACGUUCGAGAUCUCGUGGGUCGAAAUCAAGAUCCAGCUCCAGGUCCCACAGGGGCUCUUCUUCCCCACGAAAAAGAUCCUAUUCAAGCUCGUCAUCUUCUCCUGAGAGGAACAGAAAGAGAAGUCGUUCCAGAUCUUCUUCAUCUGGUGAUCGAAAAAAAAGACGAACAAGAUCACGGUCACCCGAAAGGCGCCACAGGUCAUCUUCUGGAUCGUCCCAAUCUGGUUCCCGUUCAAGUUCAAAAAAGAAAUAAUGUAUUAAAAUUUACAUCUUUAAACAAUCCAGUACAGUGCAUGAAGCAUAUUUUUAAAGAAGUUGGUGUCUUACUUGGUCAGAAGUGCUAAAUCUGCUAGUAGAGGUGCAUGCCUUUCAUUGCUUUUAAGAACAAUACAGCUGUGUUUAUUUGUGAGGUUAACAGUAAAUAGCAUUUUAAGCCAUAAUGUCUCAGAAUAGAUGCUCUAUUUAUCAUUCAUUAUUUACAACAGUCUGCUUCAUUUAAAACCAUCUCAGCAUAACUGUUCUUUGUUUCCUAAUUUAAACUCAUUUUUCCUGUUUUCAAAGAUAGCCUGUCUGUUGAAUAAGACCAAGAUUACCUAGACUUGCCUAAACUUUGGGCAUGGAGGCAGGACUGGUAAACUAGUUGGAAACAACUUGUUUAUGUUAAUCUGGAAAAUAAGUCAACCUGUUUAUGUUGUUAACCUGUGUUGAAAUAUACUCAACAAAAAAAGUUAAACUAAGUUGUCAAGCAACCAGCUGGAAACUUCCUUAUUUUGAAAUUCCCUAUGCUAAGGGUGCCUUAGAAUCAUUGUUGCUCUUUUAUCCAACUUUACUUUUUUGGACUACCACAUUUAAUGCAAAAUAAUUUCGUAUUUGCAGGAGAAAAGUAUUACUCAUUUUUCUUUCUGACACAUCAUUUGGGGCAAGAAAGAAAGUCCAACAACUUAUCUUUUCUGUACUGAUACGGUUGCCUGAUUGGACAAACAUCUUAUUUGAAAAUGUUUAUCAAUAUUUUAAGAAGCUUUGUGUGUUAUCCUUUAAAACCUAGUUCUCAAAAAUGAUAGAGUAGAAAAGGUUAAAUCAUAGUUAGUGAGCAAAUUGAAGAAAGCUUUUGAAGCAUAUUUCUCCUUUGGUGAAAGGCCAGUGGAGACAUUAUAAAUUUAAACGUUUGCCUCAAGAUGUUUAUACACACACUGUGUAAAAUUUUUUUCUGAGUAAAAAGGACUGCUUAUCUGCAUGAUGUAAGCAAACGGCAUUAUUUUUCUUAUCCAUUUGAAAGAACUUAUGGCUUAAAAUGCUUUCAGAGUUUAUUUCUCAAAAUUAAAAUCUGGUCACGUGAGCUCCAUUUUGUUUUCUGGUAAAAAAUAAAAAGGUUUCUCUUAACAGUUUAUCUUCAGUGGCAAUGCAAGGUAAGUAUAUUAAGGGAAAUCAACAAUUGUUCUGGGGGACUGUUUGUUAUGGGGUAUUGAUUUCUUGUUCUUGUUUUGUUUUCUUAACAUUGUCUGCUGCAAUUUAAAUAAAAUUAAAGCAUUUUAAGGUAUUUCGUAGACAGACCAAACAAAAUUAAAUUUUGUUUUAAAGUGUUUUUCUCUUUAACUGAUCUAAAGAUGAAAGCAAAAUAUCUUAUGUAGAAAUAUUUUGAUAAUAUUUUUACAAUGAGCUUUCCCGUGUUUUUUAUGUCUUAAUUUUCUUUGCUACGUUUACUGUAGGUUGCACAAGAACUUUUACUCUCUCGUAAUUGUGCCUCAGACAUUUUUGAAAGUCUACCUUUCUAAAUUGCCCAGAUGAUCUAGAUUCUACAUGUUACCAUUGGUUUAUUCUUGUGCUUUCUGUAUUUAAAACUUUGGCUGUACUAAGCAAAUGCAAGGUUAUAAUUUAGCUAAUAGUUUUACAGACAAUUCAGAUGAUUAUGAUUCGUUUGGUUUUAACUGAGCUGUACUAGUUCAUUUCAUAAGGAAAUGAUGCUGUAGACAAAUGUAAAUAAAGCCUGUGCGUUAAGCAUCAAGUGGUGUUUGUUAGAAAUAAACUAGAGGUUUUUAAAUUCGGA